UCCCUCGCUGUUGUUGUCUUUGUCUCCUCUCUCCAGCUAGCUGCCUUGUGAACAAGCCCCAAAUCUGGUGGCGGUGAUCUGCGGGGCAGGCAAGCAGCGCAGCCGAGAGAAGUUAGAACUUAGAAGCAGGCGGCGGCGGCGGCUGACAGCAGCUCGCAGAAAGGAGGUGCGCAGGCAUAGGUCCUGGUGGCGGCGGAGCGGGCAUACGGCCCCAGCGGCGGCGCGGCGGCAAGUUGUUUUCUGGGAGGUUUCACAUGACGUGAUCAUUACUUGGCUUAAGUUCUUGAAUGGCGCGUUUCAUGGAUUUGCGGGCUUUCAUCCUGCGUGCACGUGUCUUAAAGCUUUAUAGUCAGGCAUUACGAAUUAUUCGGCGUGCACCUGAACAUGCCCGAGAUGAGUUGAGGCAGGCCACAAGGGCCGAGUUUGAGAAAUAUCGCCAUUGUGAUGAUAAACAAAAGAUUAGAUUUUUGAUUAGUGAAGGGAGGCAGAGACUAAAAGGUCUUGAUGAACUGCUUGAUAUGACAGGGCACAGCUAAUCUGGGUUACAUCUUGGACUUUGCUACUUAUGCAGCUCAUUCCAAAAUUCAUGAAGUCUAAAUUGUUUGAAAUCGAUCACUUUAAUAAUGAACAGCACUAUAUGUGAUGAACUUUUGGGCAAUUUCUGUAAGAAAAUUGUUAGGGGAUGCAGAACAUGGUUGUACUGAGACUGUGAGUGUUUCCAUACUGAGAAAUACUGCGAUCACUUUGCUUGUGAAACAUGCACAUCAAAGUAUAUGGUGCCCAGAAACAUA